AUGGGUCUCCCAGAGCUGGAAGAGAGGAAGCCCUCCGACAUCACCGUCUUUGCCGGCGGCUGCACCUUACACGGGAUCAAUCACAUCUUCCUGCCUGGGGGAGUUACCCUGCGGAGGUUGCUGUGGGCUGGCUCCUUCCUCCUGUCCCUCGCCCUGUUCCUGUAUCAGGUGGCUGACCGGGUGGAUUAUUUUAUCCAGUACCAUCAUGUUACCACCCUGGACGAGAUGGAUAGCUCCAGCAUGACCUUCCCGGCCGUCACCUUGUGUAACCAGAACAGCUUCCGUAAAUCCCGCAUCACCAGGAACGAUGUGUACUGGCUCGGGGGGCUGCUGGGGGUGAAAGAACGUGACUUCCCCAGUUUCCUGGAGGCUAUCGGGCGGAACUCGGACCUGUCCGGCUUCAGCCCCACCAAGACCUACGACAUGACUGAGGUGUUCGGCAGGGCGGGACACGACAUCGCCGAGAUGCUGUUGGAGUGUCGCUAUCGGAGCAGCGAGUGUGAGGCUGACGAUUUCACCCUCAUUUUCACUCGUUAUGGGAAAUGUUACACCUUCAACUCCGGGAAAGACGGGAAACCUCUGCUGACGACAAUGAAAGGUGGCACAGGGAACGGGCUGGAGGUGAUGCUGGACAUCCAGCAGGAUGAGUACCUGCCCGUGUGGGACAAGACAGAAGAAACUUCCUUUGAAGCUGGUUUGAAGAUUCAGAUCCACACGCAGGAUGAGCCUCCGUAUAUUCACGAGUUGGGGUUUGGGGUUGCUCCAGGUUUUCAGACUUUUGUGUCCACACAGGAACAGCGGAUCAUGUAUCUUCCUCCACCCUGGGGUGACUGCCGGAUGUCGAACAUAAACUCCGGCUUCUUCAGCACCUACAGUAUCACAGCAUGCAGGAUCGACUGUGAGACACGGUACCUUGUGGAGAAUUGCAACUGUCGCAUGGUGCACAUGCCAGGGAACGCUGAUGUCUGCACACCAGAACAAUACAAGGACUGUGCUGACCCAGCCUUGGAGUUUCUUGUGGAGCAGGACAGUAGUUACUGUAUGUGUGAAACUCCCUGUAACGUUACCCGAUUCGGGAAGGAGAUUUCCAUGGUGAAGAUUCCCAGCAAAGCCUCUGCAAAAUUCCUCGCCAAAAAAUUUAAUAGAACGGAGCAAUACAUAAUGGACAACAUUCUGGUUUUGGACAUUUUUUUUGAGGCUCUGAACUACGAGACCAUUGAGCAGAAGAAAGCCUACGAGGUAGCAGGAUUACUCGGUGAUAUUGGAGGUCAGAUGGGCUUGUUCAUUGGAGCCAGUAUUUUAACCAUCUUGGAAAUUUUUGAUUACUUGUACGAGGUUUUUAAAGACAAGAUGUCCAAUUUUGUAAAACGCAAGAAAAGGCCUAAGAGAAGCCACAGUGACAAUCUGAGUACCUGCGACACACUGAGGAGCCACUCAGACAGCAUGGCCUUCACCCCCAACAUGCUGCCUCGGCACCCCACCCUGGGCAACUUCGAAGAGUUUGCCUGCUGA